GCCAAUCAAAGUUAAGCUUUUCAUUCAGUGCGGCUUGCAUAAACAGGAACUUGGAUAAAUUUUAUGGGGUUGGGUUUACAGAUUUGCAAAAGUCUGCAACAUGGGGUUCGAAACAUGUGGACCGAACGAAGUAAUGGUUGUUUCGGGAUGUUGUCAUGGUAGAUCAUUAUUUGUUCCUGGUGGUCGAUGCUUUGUAUGGCCAGUUAUACAGAAAUUACAGAGGCUUGACCUUAAUCUUAUGACCCUCCACAUAGAUUCUCCAAACGUGUACACCCUGCAAGGUGUUGCUGUAUCUAUCAAAGGCGUAGCACAGGUAAAAAUUCAAGGAUCCAACCAGGACAUGUUAGCAUCUGCUUGUGAGCUGUUUUUGGGGAAGUCAGAAGCACAGAUAAGAAAUGUUGCCCAGGAAACACUAGAAGGACAUCAGAGAGCUAUCAUGGGAAACAUGACAGUUGAAGAAAUCUACAAGGAUCGUAAGAAGUUUUCGAAGGCUGUGUUUGAAGUGGCAUCAUCUGACUUGGUGAACAUGGGAAUAUUUGUUGUCAGUUAUACCAUUACUGAUAUCAGGGAUAGUGAGGGAUAUUUGAAGUCACUUGGAUUAGCUCGUACUGCUCAAGUUAAGCGAGAUGCCCGUAUUGGUGAGGCAGAGGCCAGAAGAGAUGCCGGUAUUAAGGAAGCCAUUGCAGAAGAGGCAAGAAUGACUGCUCGUUAUGCUAAUGAUGUAGAAAUUGCAAAGGCCCAGAGAGAUUUCGAGUUGAAGAAGGCACAUUAUGACCUGGAAAUCCAAACAAAAGCUGCAACUUCAGAACUAGCUUAUGACUUACAGGCUGCCAAAACCAAACAGGCCAUCAAAGAAGAACAGAUGCAAAUCAAGGUCAUUGAAAGGUCACAACAGAUUCAAUUACAAGAGCAGGAAAUCACCAGACGUGAACGUGAACUUGAAGCUCAAAUCCGUAAACCAGCUGAAGCAGAGAAAUUUAGACUGGAAAAAAUUGCUGAGGCUAACAGAAAGAGAAUUGUUCUGGAAGCAGAAGCUGAAGCAGAGUCCAUCAAGUUGAGGGGUGAUGCUGAAGCCUACUCCAUUGAAGCCAAGGCUAAAGCUGAAGCUGAACAGAUGGCCAAGAAGGCUGAUGCCUGGAAAGAUUACCAAGAUGCUGCUAUGGUUGACAUGAUUCUAGAAACACUACCAAAGAUUGCUGCUGAGAUUUCAGCCCCAUUGACUAACUGUAAGAAGAUCACCAUGGUUUCCAGUGGUAAGGGACCAGUAGGUGCUUCCAAGGUCGCUGGAGAAGUUCUAGAUAUCAUGGAGAAGAUUCCUCAUGUUGUAGAAAGUUUGACAGGAAUUAAUAUUUCAAAGAACAUCAAGGCUGCAACAAGACGAUAAGAAGCAUUUGAAUGAACUCUGAACCUAAAAUGAACUUUGAACCUUUUUCUGAUACUCUAAAGUUGUAAUUACGCAUCAUUUCAUUUGUGUGUGUUAAUGUUCGUUGUGUAUAUACUAUCAGUAUGUUGUUAACUUAUAUUACUUAGAUACACUUCAAGACAAAGCAGAGAUCUAGAUUGCCACUGUGAAAUGUUUAUAGUUAUUUUAUCACUAAAUACUAUCAUAUAAGUGAAUAUAAAUCAGUCAUUAAAUGUGACUUAACAUUCUGUAUUUUAUACAUGGACUUUUAUAUUUUAUUAUCACUGUCAGUUCCUUGCAGCUUUUGUCCAAACUAUUGUUGACCACUGUGUAUAUGAUAGCUAUGUAAUAAUUUUCUAUAUGAUAUGUGUCAUUGUAAAUUCAUUGUAAGUUUUUCAUGAGUAAAUUUCAUAAUUGAAUAAAGAUUUGCUGGGAUAACAUCUUGUAUGCUAUGGAAAAAAGUAAACAUUUGACUGAUUCGAUAUCUGACAUCUUAAUGUUUAUUGUACAUAGUUCACAUGUUCUUAUGAAGCUGACAUGGAUUUUUGGCCUUAUAUUUUUUUAACAUGAAAUUGCAGUUUUUUUUUAUCCACACAAAGAAAUUAUAGUAUCUAACUUCAUAAUAUUUUCAAUAACUAGUCUAAUUUUAAGUUUUAUAACUUUAUAUGCAUUUUUUUAUUUCCUUGUUUUUUAUGUAGAAUUAGUUGUCUUAUUUAUGAGGGGGGUAUCUUUGUUGUAUUUAUCUAUAUGGAAUAAGGAUAGAGAUAAUUGGUAAGAAAAGCACAGUGGGCACAUACAAUUUAUAAAUUGUAAUUUUCAUUUGGAUUCUUAAUAACCUUCAUGCAGAUUUUCUCUGAAGUUUGAUUGGAGAGAUACAUUAAAUUGGGAUGAAGUAAAUGUUAUGAUGGAGACAUUUAAAACAAAAAUUCAAUUGAAGCAAGCUGCAAGUUUUUUUAUAUUUAAUUGUGAGUCAACAUCUGAUAGAAGAACUAGCAAUAAAAAUAUAAAGAAAGUACAACAGUAUUAAAUUUUCCUUUUCUUUUUAAAUGAGAUUUACUUGAAAAUUAUUUCUUUUUUCGUCCAAUUUCUUAAUUUGUUUUUUUACUCAGGGUCAUCUUGUAUAUUUUUAUGGCAAUUUGUUGUUGCAUUUGUUAUUUUUAUUGAUUAAGAUAGAAAAUUACAUUAAUACUUUGUUUUAAUCAGAUACUUCAUUAUAAUUCUUUUUAUCCUGAAUUAAAAUACUGUUGACAGUCUGAAUAUAUGCAAUUAAAAGAUUUCUAAAAUGAAUGCUUAGAUUUAAGUAACUAUUGAAAAAUGUAUUUUUAUGUAGGAAAUUUGUUUUUUUAAAUGUAAUUUUAGAUAUGAUCAUGAUUUAUUUUAAACAUCUGAAUACAAUCUUAAAAAACUUAAAUAAUUUGGUUUGAUCUUAAUAGUCCAUAGAAUUCGUUUUUUUUCAAAAUUUAACUUGAUUGAAUGGGUGGUAUUUUUUAGGAACAAAGAUAAAACUAUUUAAAAUGAGAAUCAUCCUUACCCUGUUAUUUAUUGCAAUAUUUAAAUAUAUUCAUAUAACAGUCCAAUAAAACAUUAUUUCAUUGUCAAUACAAUCAAAUUUGUAUAAUCUGUAUAGUGAAUAAAAUAUUUGUACUCCUUAUACUUA